CGUGCUCGAGGCAGCUCAGUCCAAAAGAAAAUGGGGUUUGGUGUAAAUCUGGGGGUGUAAUGUUAUCAUAUAUCACGCUACCUCGUAAAACCGACACUGAAGCCUGCCGGACAACAAAUCACAGGUCAAAAUUAUGAGCUCUUCGUAUUAUGUGAAUGCGCUUUUUAGCAAAUAUACGGCGGGGGCUUCUCUUUUCCAAAAUGCAGAGCCUACUUCUUGCUCCUUUGCAAGCAACUCCCAGAGAAGCGGCUAUGGACCAGGCGCGGGUGCCUUCGCCUCCUCCAUGCCCGGCUUGUACAAUGUGAACAGUACCAUAUAUCAAAGCCCGUUCUCUUCCGGAUACAGCCUGGGCUCUGAUGCCUACAACCUGCAUUGUUCCUCUUUUGAUCAGAACAUUCCCGUCCUCUGCAAUGAGCUAACCAAACCCAGCUGUGAGAAAGCGGAGGAAAGCAACCUGCACAACCAGGCUGAGCCUAAUUUCCGGAUAUACCCCUGGAUGAGGUCUUCAGGUCCAGAUAGGAAGCGAGGGCGCCAGACCUACACCCGCUACCAGACCCUGGAGCUGGAGAAGGAAUUCCACUUCAAUCGUUAUCUGACUCGGCGGCGGAGGAUAGAGAUCGCCCAUGCUCUCUGCCUGACGGAGAGGCAGAUCAAAAUCUGGUUCCAAAACCGGAGGAUGAAGUGGAAGAAGGAGCAUAAGGAAGAGAGUUCCAGCACCCCGGCUCCAAACGAGCCCACGUCAGCAGCAGCCUCUGUCGAGAAAGUGGAAGAAGAUGAAGAGGAGGAGGACUAAGGAGUCCCACUCGAGGAAUAGAUCUCCUAGUAUAAUGUAUGCACAUGACAGUUGGAAAAGCUCCCUUUAAGGAAAAAAAAAAAAAAAAAAAAAAAAAGGACAAAAAAAAGACAGACUCACUGUUUUUAUUAAAAAAAAAAAAUCAGUUCCCUUUAAUAAUCAUCUUGCAAGCAAGCGUUUCAAAACAUUAAAACGUUCCUUGGAGUGGUUUUCUAGCCCUCUCUUCACUCUUCCGUACUCCCCAAACCUGCCCUGUGCAGAAUCUUUCGGUAAUAUUUCCUAAGAUCAUCUAGCAAUCAUUUAUUUUUUCGUUCACCCAAAUCUGGGUGGGUUUGUCCAGUGAACAUUUCAGUGAGAGAACUGCUGCUUGCACAGAUGGUAAAACGUGACCUUCCGAAGUAACUACCUGACUCAAUAGUUUCAAUCUUGUGUAUGGGGAAAAGUGCAUUAGGCUCACAUUAAGAAAAACUACCUAAUUUUGAAUAAGUAGCUCUCUGCACUUUUCUUUUUUUUUUUUUCCUUUCCUUCUUCUUUUUUUUUUUUUUUUUUAAUAAUUGGUAGAAAAGUAUCAUAAUUAAUAACUCACUAACAAAAGGUUCAACAGCAAAUGGGGGGAGGAGGGGGGGGAAAAUCAUCCACAAACCACUACAAUCUACAGCAAUGAUUUGUACUACCUAUUUUCCAGACUACCUAUAUAUCUUGCUCUGCCUACCUAUCUUCGAAAGUAUACUGUAUUUUAGUAGUCAAAAGAAGAUAACAUUACUAAUGUGAAUCGCAAAAUGCUUUUAGAAAUGUAAGUGUAGUCGUUCAAAAAGCACGCUUCAAUAGCUUUGGUAUAGAAUUUGGUACCGAAAAGGCUGAAUAUAUUUAAAAUUAAAAUAAUAUAUUUAUUCCAAAGCAAUUAUAAAUGAAAUCAAUAUGCUGCAAUACAUAUUUGUUCUCGAUUCUUUACUAUUCCGAGUGAGGAAGCAAACACACGACAACAUAGUACAAAGCGGUUUAAUAUCUCCUGUUGGCUUCUACCUUCUGCUGCCUCUGCGAAAGACCGUUUUCUGAUUCUACGUUCAUUUUCCUUAAUAUAGCAGAAAGUGUUAUUUGAAAAGUGAAUUUAAAUGACCAUGUAACCACCUUAAAAAAAAGCAACUGUUUGUUCUGAUUAUCUGAACGUGUUAAUAUGUAAUACCGUGAAUUUUCCUACAAUAGCAGAAACUGUAUAUUUGAAUGAUUUUUUUUUUUUUGUCAUUUAUAUUCGUCUUGGAGUUCAUUUGUAAGAUCUUGUCAUAAAUCGGGAAGUAUGUAACUAAUUUGGAAACUUUGUAGCAUGGUGUAUUGUUAAGAACUCUGUAUAAAUCCGUCUUGAAGGUUUGGCUAAAGUUUAUUCAAAAAAUGUAUGUUACAAUGUGUUUUGAUGUGUUCAUUGUGAACAUUUGGAUAUGCCGUGUAAGUAUUGGAAGUGGAAAAAAAAAUAAUGUCUGUGAACUCUCUUUGGAAGUAAUACCGUGUUCAAGUAUCUCCCACGAUAAAUGUGUUUUAUGUUACACAGAAAAUAAAUAUGCUUGUUGACAAUUAA